GCUACGGAAAGAGCAGACGAACGUCAUGUAUAACUUGGAAAUAAAAGUUGUACAACCUCGUGAAAAUCGCAUCUUGCUGUGUAUAACGCUGUUAAUGGAUAUUCCUGUUGCUGAGUUUGUGUAAAUAGGAGGGAAAAGAUAAGAGAAAUGGGAAGUAAGUCAGUGUUGGAUCCAACUAACGACGAGGAAUCUCUAUCAAAUAGUAAAGUGGGUAGCUCUGGUGCUUUUCAGGUAGGAAGACUACACGUUCACUGGAUGGGCACACAUAUAGGCUGGAGGAUACAAGUGGACACAGUGUAAAUGAUCUUACUUCGAUGAACUGCGUGCCAACUACUUGGCUUUCCCAGUGCAUGAAGUUUAUGCUGUACCCACCAGUUGGGUCACAUUCUGCAAAUGGGAAAAAUCAAGAACCAAGUCAAUGGAGAAGUAAUGUAUUUAAAAGAUUUCGGUACCCAACCAAUUCUUGGUUCGAGUACGACGUUGUUCAAGUUUUCAACGCAUCAAAGCCAGGGAGUCAUGAUAGGGUCUAUAAGUCUGCGUCUGCAGCCAUGAAAGGCAGUAAAACUUUUAAAGAUCUGCUAAAGUCUGACAACGACGUAAGAUCGGAAGGGGAAAUCGAGUCAAAAAGAAAAAAGUGAUACAGGAGUGGAUGAGCCGGAAAAAAAAGGGAAAAAAGCAAGUGAAGUAAAAGAAGUGAAAGACGCUCCGGCUGCUGUUAUCGGCAACGGUGAUGAAGGGCAGUCAAUCUUACCUGACGCUGGUGGUGAAAUCAGUGCUGUUGUCGCCCGGGCAGUGUUUCCUUUGCUCUCAGAUAACUGGAAUGUUGACAUAGAUAGCAAUGAUGGUAGAUUUGUAAUGUAUUUGUCCUUUUUUAACAAUGACAAUUAGUUUUCUCCAAAUAACGUAGAAGAAACGAUCUUUCCACUUGAACCAACAUCUUGGGUGGAGCAGGGCGAACAGAGCGCAACUCCAGAGUUUCAUGGAACAAUGAUGAAUUUAGACACGCAUCAACUAUGCCCAUCUUUAUCGCCUUCAUUAAAUGGGCCGACAGGCAAUACGUCAACCAAUGGGACAACAGGUAUGACUUUCGACCAAUCUAUGACGUUCCGUCUUCUUAAUGCCAUCGAACGGGUGACCUCGCUAGAAAAUGCCAUUGGUACCAUUGAAGCUAAUGUGUCAGCCACACUUGCAUUAAUUCUUGAAAAGCUUGGGGCAUUGGACCAAAAAAUUGAAGCAAUUCGUAAGGUCGAAGUCUACAAAAUGGCAGAAGUGGAUUUUGACUAUCAUAAGUCGGUGAUUGACACUCAUUUUAAAGAAUUGCCCGUAAAAUCCACGAAUGCAGUGGAGGCAAUUGAUUUUUCUUUGCAGGACAACACUUUAGCCAUAAGUCUGGUUUUCUUUUCUGUCGAGAAAUUUAAAACAGUUAAAACUGUCAACAAACUGUUUUAUCUGAUGCUGGACUUUCUGGUAUCCAAGGAAGUUAGCAACAAAAUGCAGUGGAAAAUGAUGCCUAGGGGCAAAGACAGCAGGCCCGGAAUGGCUGGCCUUUUCAAUCUAUUAGCCGUCUUCGGAGUGGCCGCAACGACUUUUGCAAAAAAAAAAGGAGAACAGUUAAAUGAAGGAAGAAUACAGCAGCUCGUACGUGAUGCAAGGAAAACACACGCCCGAGAAUUUCGGGCAACAUCCCGUGGCAAUGAACAAGCAGCAAAUGAUGCACCUGCCACAGCAGCAGGAGCAACGCAAAUUCAAGACAACGAUGGCGUUACACUAAAAGAGUACAGUAUCCUGCACAAAAAUCCGAACACCGAUUUAAUUUUUUAAAGCCACCUAUUGGCGGGGUAAAGGGUUUUUUGUUUGUUUUUCUUUAAGAGGGAGGGUAGACGGG